CAUCUCACAGCCCAACGGCCACGAUGGCUCCAGAGACAUGGACAGCCACAGCCACAGCGCACAUACGCAGUUGGCAAACAUAAAGCGGUACGACAGUAGUGUAUAUCGGGACGGAAAUGCGAGCAUCAGCAACAGCCAGUCUUCGCCAGGCACAGACUUUACGGCUGCCCAGUUGCUACCAGAGGAAGAGAAGGAACCGUUGCGAACGCUGACGUCGGGGAUAAGCAUGGACACGGGCGACAAGUCGACCACGGGAGAUGUGCGGAGUAGGACAGACCUGACCGAUGCAGAGGGUCUACUCUCGAGCAAGAGCAAAGAGGACAGCAGUGGCUUCAGCUUAGAACCGGCCACUGGAGACACCUCCAUUGAGAACUCCGCCGCAAAUGGCCUGGAGUUAAGCCCGGGGCAGGAUGGGGAUGAGCCUGAGCCUGCACCUGCACCUGCACCUGAGAUGGAGAAUGGGACUGGGCCAGAAAAUGGGACUGGGGCGACGGCGGAGGAGACGAGCGCGAAGCUGACGAAUGGAGUGGCUGUGGGAAAGGAUAGGGCAGAUACGAAUACGAAUAAGGCUAUGGCUGGCGAAACAGCGGGAGCCAACGACCCGGGUGGUGUGAAUGGCCAGGGUGCGGGAAAUGAGGCCCAUGGAGAGAAUGCAGGGGAUGUAGAGGAGGGGAAGUCGGUUGCUAAGCAACGGGUGUUGGACGGCAGUGAAGCCGGUGUGGUUGGGGAGAAGGCGCACAAAGAAACGAACGUUGCUGAAAAUGGGGUAAAUGUACCGGAUGCGAAAGAAAACGUAUUUGAAGAGCCUGGCACUGUACCGGAUGGCGCAGGUAGUGAACACGCCACAUACACUCCCGACAACCAAAACGUACACGCAGAGAAAGAGAACGUAAAAGAGUCUGAUGUUAACCACACUGAAGCGCAUACGGGUGCGCAUGUCCGGAAUGAAAGCGAGGGAGAGGAUAAACGGGAUAACACAGAAAUAGAAAUAGAUCAACCGACCAGUUCAACACGCGACGCAAUGAGUCCUGAAGACAAACUUAAAGUGGCGGAUGCGAUCAUUAACACAAGUCCUCUGGUCCUGCAGUCGUCGAAUCACAGUCUCGUCAGUCAUAACAGCAACAAUACAAGCAG